AUGGGCUGUUGUCAAAGAUUGCCAGUUGAGCCUGAUGAGAUUAAGCAAGAUCAAUCAAAAGACACCAGCUUUGAUAAAGCAGCACCUCCUCCAAAACCUUUUAUUUCAGAUUCUUUACAUUCAGCUCGACCUUCUGAUAUUUCGUUAAAAAUUCAUCGUAAACAAUUUGUUCAUCAUCGAGAUGCCAAGUUAAGUGAUUUUUAUCAAAUUUUAGAUAUUAUUGGUGAUGGAGGCUCUUCAAUAGUUUAUAAAGCAGUCUGCUUAGAAACUGGGCUUCAUAGAGCAAUAAAAGUUUUCCGUAAAAGAGGAAACGACUACAAUUUACAAGACUCUGCAGUCGAUGAAAUGAGAAUACUGCGAAAUUUAGAUCAUCCAAAUAUUAUAAAAAUUAUUGAAUUAAUUGAGAAUGACCAAACCAUCAAUAUAGUCACUGAGCUUUGCACUGGAGGAGAAUUAUUUGAAAGAAUUGUGCAAAAUCGAAAUUUUUCAGAAAAUGCGGCAGCGAAUUGAAUGUAUCAAAUUUUAUCAGGACUUAUUGCUUGCCAUGGAGAAGGAAUUGUUCAUAGAGACAUUAAGCCAGAAAAUAUUUUAUUUCAAGAUAAAACUGAUACUUCUAUACAUUUUAGCUUACAAUUCUUAAAAACAUAUAAUAUUUGCUAUAAUUUCUGUUUAAUAUAAAAAAUUAGCCUUUUUGAGUGAAAUUUUAUUAAUAGUAAUACACAAUAUAUUAAAAAUUAUUGAUUUCGGAAUCGCGACAAAAAUACAGCCCGAAGAAAACGUAAAACAAUUUGUCGGCAGCUCCUAUUAUGUAGCCCCAGAAGUUAUAGAAGGAAAUUAUGAUACAAAAUGCGACAUCUGAAGCUGUGGGAUAAUUUUAUAUAUCAUGCUCAGCGGAUAUCCGCCUUUUAAUGGGACAAGUGAAGCUGCAAUUUUUACAAAAAUAAAGCGAGGGGUUUUUACUUUUUCUGGUGCAGAAUGAGCACAUAUUUCAAAAGAAGCGAAAAGCAUCAUUAAAAGAAUGCUUACAAGUAAUCCUAUAAAGAGGCCAACUGCUAAAGAACUUAACGAUGACCCCCCCCCCCUUCAAUCUUCAUGUCUAUUGCAACAAAAAUGCAAUUUUUUAAUAUAAAAUUUUAUAUAAAAAAAAUAAUAAUUUUCAUGUCUAUUGCAACAAAUUAUAUACAUUAAAAUGGCGACACGUGUCAACCUGCCCUCUUGGCGCAGCAGUCCAGACCUUAUGGCUACAGCGAACUGGGACGGACUCCGAGCCGAGAAUCAGACAGAGGCUCAAGAAGUGUGUAUCCGGGUAGGUUUUGGCUGCUUUCCUGUAGUUGGAAAUGGAGGUGCUCAGCAACGUCCAUGGAUCAGAGGACCCAUGGACAUUCCUCUAACGAGAAACUAAGGGUUUCAGCCCAGGCCACAAGGGAACAGUCUUUUUCCUGUAGCUGUAGAAGAAAGGCACUUUGACACUCAAUAGACUCCAAGGAUCCUGGAAUCAAGUUACUCCUAUCACCUGUAGAAUGGCCGCAGAAAUCCAUAAGCCGCCCACUCGAGACUGAACUCCCAAGGCAAGGAGGAGACAGAAGGUACCCGAAGGGCACUCGUAAGAGGGAUAGAUCCUCUGGGCUGGAGUCGAAAAGCAGUAGAACCUUCAGUACGGGAGGUCUUUGAUGACUGCGUCAUCAAUAUGGCUAGCGCCUGUCUGUAAUAAUCUUAAUCUAAUCCAAUGCAACAAAUUUUCGAUGCGCAUCUUAAAUUUUUCUGUACUUUUUAGCUAGAUAAGUUUAAUAAAAUGGCGAGCGAUGACAAUAGCCGUCCAAAUCUCGAUGAGAAGGUCAUUGAAACACCUAAAGCAGCGCUGUUUUAUGGCUUUUUUGAGAAACUCACCUAGAAAAAAAUGCAUUAAUUUUUUUUAUAAAAAAUGUUGUGUUGCAGUAGGCAUGAAGAUUUUUUCGAAAAAUUUUUGUUGCAGUAGACAUGAAGAUUGAGGGGGGGGUAAUCGUUAUAAAUGAUCCAUGAAUACGUGAUAGAACGAAAAAUAUUAUUGAUGAUAAUAUUAUACAAAAUGACACUUUAGAAAAUAUCAGCUCUUUCCAUGUAUUUAUUAUAUAGGCAAAUAGAAAACUGCAGCAAGCAACACUAGCUUUUAUAGCCUCACAUUUAAUGACUACAAAAGAAUUAGAUGAUCUGAGGAAAAUCUUUGUAGCGCUUGACAAAAAUGGUGAUGGAAAGCUAUCUAUAAAUGCUACUUAUUUAAUUUACAUUUAAAAAUACCUUAUUUAAGCUGUUUUACAAUAAAGCUUAUAAUAGCAAGGUUAAAAUAGAUAAAAUCAUUUUUGUUUAUUAGAAAAAAAUAUCAUCAUAAAUGAAUUAAAGCACGGAUUUAUGGUGAGAGGGUUAUUAUCAAUAUUUAAUGUUGAUGAAAUUUUAGAGCAUUGUGAUUCUAAUGAAAACGGAUAUAUUGACUAUAAUGAAUUUCUAACUGCAGCAUUAAACUGAAAAAAAGCAUUAUCACAGGAAAGGCUAGAAACUGCAUUUAGAGCAUACGACAAAGAUAAAAAUGGGAAAAUUUCAGUCGAUGAGAUAAAAGAGUUUCUUGGAGAAUCCAGCAAAGAAGUUUCUGAUGGCAUUUGGCAACAAAUUUUUAAACAAGCAGACCUUAAUAAUGAUGGCGUUUUAGAUUUAGAAGAAUUUAAAGUUGUUAUGCUAAAGCACAUAGCAGAUCAACAAUAA